CUGCGAAACUACGAAACCCGGCACGGGGCUUGGGCGCACAACUCCUCGGCGCUUUCGAUCGUGAACUCUGGUGGUGGAAUCUCGCGCGAUCACGCCUCCGCUCUCGGACCACAUUCCAGCCUCACCUACUUCACCAGCAUCCCCACCGCCGCCAUGUUCUGCCUUCGGAGCUGGCUCCCCCUCCUCUUCAUCCCGACCAACGCCUCUCCCGCCUUCAUCUUCCUCUUCUUCAUCUGCACCUACUUCCUCAACCGACCCUGCGUCUACUGCAGCUUCCUGCUCCUCAUCCUCUUCCUGACCUCGUGUAAUUGGUCCGACCGCUGCUUCUUCGACUUUAGCAGCAAUUGGUUCCAACCGCGCUCGCCGACGUCUCUGGGCUCCCCGUCCCCGAUACCCGAAAUCGACCCGAACGCGACCUUCAACGCCACCGUGGUCGAGGUCAUCAACACGACCGCCAGCGCCCUGGCCGGGGCCGCUGCCGAAGAACUCGCGAGGCAGAGGCAGGAAUGGACCGGUCUGGGUAUUGAGUGGCUGCGCAGCCUGUUAGGACGGAGGGAAUGGAGAGUCGAGUGCUUGGAUAUCAACAUCCGGUUGUGA